AAGACCUGUCAAGCAGCGCAACUUCCGCGGUCAGACUGCGCGCACGCUCAAUAGCUUAGUCAUGAGCAGCCCGUGUGUUUGGGGACAAAGGCAACCGCACCAUUGUUGGAUAUAAGUGCAGAGUCCGAGCCCAUGAUUAAUUAAUAUUAACAGUGGAUUAACACUGGCCAUGUCUGUUUUUGGCCUUUGUUCAUCGCAGUCAACACGGCUUUGUUGAAGAGGAGGCGCUAGCGUAGCUCGCUAGCUGACAGAGCCUGUUUGUUUGUGUGUGUGUGUGUGUGUGCGUGCGCGCGCGUGCGGGUUUAAAGGUGCUCCGGUUCGGGAUCGGGUUUGGCACGUAGCUGUGGCGAAACUGGCGAGGUGACCUAUGAUGAAUCGCUUCCGAAAGUGGCUUUAUAAGCCAAAGAGGUCAGAUCCGCAGCUGCUGGCCCAGUUCUAUUAUGCAGAUGAGGAACUGAACCAGGUGGCCACUGAGCUGGACAGUCUGGAUGGCAGAAAAGACCCUCAGAGGUGCACCUUGCUGGUCAACCAGUUCCGCUCCUGCCAGGACAAUGUAUUGAACAUCAUAAAUCAGAUUAUGGAUGAGUGCAUACCUGAAGACCGAGCCAACAGAGACUUCUGUGUGAAGUUCCCAGAAGAGAUCCGCCAUGACAACCUGGCCGGGCAGCUGUGGUUUGGAGCAGAGUGUCUGGCUGCAGGAUCGAUUAUCAUGAAUCGUGAAAUCGAGAGCAUGGCCAUGCGGCCUCUGGCCAAAGACCUCACCCGCAGCCUAGAGGAAGUACGCAACAUCACCCGAGACCAAGCACUACGAGAUCUCAACAACUACACCGACCGCAUGAGGGAAGCUUUGCGACAGUUCGACAGCCUUUUUGCUGAGUUUGAGCUCAGUUACGUGUCAGCCAUGGUGCCUGUAAAGUCUCCUAAAGAGUAUUACAUCCAGCAAGAGGUGAUCGUGCUCUUCUGUGAGACAGUUGAAAGGGCCCUGAAGCUUGAGUAUCUUACACAAGACAUGAUUGACGACUACGAGCCAGCACUCAUGUUUACAAUCCCUAGACUUGCCAUUGUCUGUGGUCUUGUUAUCUACUCUGAAGGGCCUCUCAACCUGGACCGCAAACCAGAGGACAUGUCUGAACUCUUCCGGCCUUUUCGCACUUUGCUAAGAAAAAUAAGGGACCUACUGCAGACUCUAACAGAUGAAGAGCUCAUGACGCUGGAGCGUAGCCUCUGCAUCUCUCAGGAAGGAGAGUUUCCUGGUGGUUCCAACACUUCCACUGGUCCUGAGAGCCAGAUAGAAACCAUGGAGAAGGAUGAUGCAGUUCAAGAGGAGGUAGUGGACAUCACACUCUGUGUAACCCAGAAAGAGGACACUGAAUGGAAGGAGGAAGAGGGAGGAAAGGGGCUACAGGAAACCCCUUGUGAAAGCAAAGAGGAGGAUAAGGGCACAGAUGUAGAUUUGGCUUGCUCCAUGCAGUAUGAUGAUGAAGAGCUAGAGCAGCUCAAUAUGAUGGUGCAUCAAGUGGGGGAUGAAAUGUCCACUUUGCUUUCCCCUCCGAGUCAGAAUCAAUCUCCGGCCCACCGGCCUCGACCCUACGGAGGAAGCAGUUUGGAUGGUUCCAGUGCGGCUUCCAGCACUCAGGCGUCUCCACGGAGAGUCCCAGGUUCCUAUCAAGAUGAUGAUAGAGUGUUCUUCAUGGAGGACUUGGAGGCCGGAGGAGUUGUAGGGGAACGUGUAACCAGCGAGCUUUGCCGUGGAAAGCUUCCCCUUCCUACCGUAUGCCUCGGAUCCCCUGAGCACUCUAGACCCGACCCUUUGAGUGACUCAUCCUGUAAUGGUUGGUUGACAGUCUGUCAAUCAAGCGAUGCCACUAAUCUUGGCUGUCAGUCCAUAGGGAGCUCUGAUCGAUCGCCCCCGGUAAAUGGCUGGGAAAUGUUGCAUGAGGAGAACUGCGUAGAGGCUGCGGAAGAGAUCGCCAAUCGCACCGGUGGAAUGAAACUGUCCGCUACAGUGAUUUUUAACCCACGCUCUCCAAGCUUGUCCGACUUGGCCGUGGACUUACCUCAUUCAGCAGAUGGUCUGGAGCCCAUUGAGGGCGGGGCUUUAGUUGCCACUCAGUGCCUGCUUAACUCCUGUGUGUGCUGUGCAGGCGGAUGCGUUGACAACACCGAUGACGGUGCAGCCAUGGAGCCCGCUGGACGGGGCAUGGCGCUGGGGUUUGAUAAACACAAGCUCACCAUCACAAGCUCUGUCAUCCAAACAGCUGUUGCUGCUGGCAGCCCAGGGAAGGGCAAUGGGCAUUUACCGCUCACCCUACCCCCUUCCCAAGGCCACCUCACCUCACACUGUCCCAUGCAGAACCCAGCGAUAGAGGACAGUGGCAGUCAGGACUAUUCCCCAUAUCCCAGCUGUGAGAAAUGCCUGGCAGGAGUUCUUCUGGCUCAGGAUAAUCGAGGCUCGGGACAAAGGGAGGGAGGACCUAGCUGCACCCAUCGUGACAUAGGAUGCCGAAUGCAACCCAACAAUACAGCAAAAGGGAGAUCGGAGGGUUUUGGAAAACAGUCCAAAGAAGAUAACAAAAAGAGCUCUAGUUCUCAGGAGUCCCCCCUCAGUUCUGUCCCCAGCAGUGACGUUGAGAGUGUAUCUGUCACUUCAUGCAGUUUGUCAAGUUCAUACUCACCCAGCCCUGUAGGUAGUCUGACCAGCUCAGACAUGUCUGAAGAUCUGGAUCACCAGGAGAUCCAUGUGGCUUUACAGGCCGCCAAACUCGCUGCUCACAAUAAAAUUCGCUCACGUUUCCAUAGUAGUAGUGACCUCAUUCACCGGCUUUUUGUCUGCAUAUCAGGUGUGGCUGAUCAGUUGCAAACAAAUUAUGCCAGUGAUCUGCGGAGCAUCUUAAAGACUCUGUUUGAGGUAAUGGCUACAAAAUCAGAGCAAGGGGACAACGAGAAGCCCAAGAAAGGCCCAUGUCUGGGCAGUGCAGUACUGGAGGACUGUGCUCUCUGCCAGGAGACCAUCUCUUCAUCAGAACUUGCUGCCAAAGCUCGAGAGGGACAGUUUGAAGACCCUCCUGAAUGGGUUCCGGAUGAGGCGUGUAAUUCCUGCAUUGCAUGUAAGGCUCCAUUCACCGUCAUCAGAAGGAAACAUCACUGCAGGAGCUGUGGAAAGAUCUUCUGUUCUCGAUGCUCAUCGCACUCAGCUCCGUUGCCUAGAUAUGGUCAGAUGAAGCCGGUGAGAGUUUGCACUCACUGCUACAUUUUCCACGUAACGCCUUUCUACAGUGACCGGACUGGCAUCUGACCACCGCGCUCUCACGCACACCUUACGCACACUCAUACAGAGACAUAAGCACACUACAGUGAGUUACUGAGGUUUGAUACUUCAGUAACCAUUAGUGUUUGAGACAUGCACAUCACUUUAACAUCAUCAUCCAAAAAAGUGUAAAUAUCAUAAAACACUAAAUGCAGUCCCUUCAAAGCAGGAAAAAGAGCCUUGACCAGGGAACAAACCAAGAUGGACAGAAUUACAGUUAAGAAUGCCUCAUAAAGAAAGCACAUCAAGGAAGAACCCCAUUGCUAUGGGAGCCAAAGUAUUUUUAGGGCUUUGCUUUUGAACAAUGAGCUUAAUUCAACAAUUUGCUUUAAUGGAGCAUGGAACAAGCUGGCUAUUCUGUAAAACAUAAGUGCACCUGAAAACUACACUUACAUGACAAAAAAAACAAAACAUACAGCAGCUUGUUAGCAAGAUUUCAUCUGGCAAAGUUCCAUGGGCUCAUUUUUCCAGAUUGAAUGUAAACUGUGAGCACAUGAUGUAUAUGAAAAUAACAAAACUGUGAUGUAUAUGAAGACAAUACUAUUAAAAGGAUAGUUCACCCAAAAAUGAAAGUUCUGUCAUCAUUUAUUUACCCUCAUGUUGUUUCAAGAGGAGAUUUUAGACAGUAUGUUUGUCUCAUUCACCAUUCACUUUAAUUGCAUCCUACAGUGAGGGUGACAUGAGGGUGAGUAAAUGAUGACAAAAUUUUCAUUUUUUGGUGAACUAUCCCUUUAACACUAACUGCACCAUCAGUGAUGCUUUCAUGGCAUAAUAUAGCACAGAUAAUGUUUUUUUUUUUUUUUUUUCAGAAAAUAAUGCUGCUUUUUGGGAUUAGUUGAAUGGCCAAAAAAAAGAUGUGUGUGUGUGUGUGUGUGUGUGUGUGUAUAUAUAUAAUGCGCUGAAAGUAUGAUUUUAUGCAUCUUCCAAAUAGCCAUUCCUCAUGCCAAUGAAUGUGCAACAUUGGGAUGUUCUUUUCUUUUUCUCUCUCUCCAGUAACUUCUACCGAACUGUAAAGUAAUUGCCUUUUACAGCAUUGUAAAGUAUGGGAGCCUUUUGCUUUUCCCUCUGAUACAAAAGGACACUUUAAAGCCCCUACCUCAUCCCUUCUGAUGACUUUCUUUCCCCUUGCACCUUUUCAUAAGUUUUUUUUUUUUUUUUUUCAUCCAUUGAAAACACUAUAAAGUGAACAACCACUACUUUUUAUCUGUAAUUGUAAACGUUAAUCAGAUUUUAACAUGUAUGAUCAGGUACUUGUGCCUUUGAGGCAGUUGCUCUAUUAACACAAGUCUGAGAUUGAACCAUUGAUAAAUGUGCUGCAUAAUGAUUUUUGACUAAACACUACUAGCUAUUAAAAAAUGCACUUUGUGUGACAAAUGGUGGCGCAUUGAAAUUGACUAAGUAAUGCCACACUUGAUGAUUUAUUAUGUGUAAUGAUCUAAAGUUAUAGUUUUAAAAUUAACUGAACAUUGCACCUGAUUGCAGAUGGUUGUUACCGACUGAAUUGUUCUGAGAUCUAACAGGUUUCUAGUACAGUGUAUGUCUCAUGUGCUUGCAUGCAUCCUGUGAAGUAACAUUUAUUAAGUUGAGCAGGUAGACUAGUAAUAUUGUAAGAGUUACAUCACGGUUAAUUCUGCUAGUUGAUUGAAUCUAUUUAAUUCUUCUUUCUGAUAAUUGAUAAUAGUUAAUGCCUCAUUAGAUUUUACCAAGUGUUUAUGAUUGGUGUUAAUGCUAAUCAUUCCUUUUUUUUUUUUUUUUUUUUUUUUUUU